CGCGCGGCCGGGGCGGGCGGGCAGAAGCCGCGGCCGAGCGGCGGGGCAGCAGCGGGGCCGGCUCCGACGGGUCCCCGCCGGGAAAUGGCUCCGUGACGCGCCGGGGGACGCGCGCCCACGCCCGAGCGGCCCGGGUGGCGGCGGCCGCGUCGGAGCACCGAGGCCGGGCUGGAGGCGGACCGCGCCGCCGCGAGUGGACGCGACCCGGGGAUCGCCGCCGCCGCGCCGGGAGCCUAUGAGGCGCUGGCGGUGUGCAUCAGCAUUCCGAGGCCUGGCAGUGCCAGUGCCAUGGCCCCGAGGGUGCUGCUGUGCGCGGUGCUGGGGGUGCUGCUGGUGCCACCCGCCCCCGCUGCUGCCGCCCUGCCGCAGUUCAGCGCCUUUCACGCCGAGACGCGCGACUGGACCUUCAACCACCUGGCGGUGCACCGCGGGACAGGCGCUGUGUACGUGGGCGCCGUGAAUCGCGUCUACAAGCUGGCCGGCAACCUGACGCUGCAGGUGGCCCACAAGACGGGCCCCGAGGAGGACAGCAAGGCCUGCUACCCACCGCUCAUCGUGCAGCCCUGCGCCGAGGCGCUCACGCUCACAGACAACGUGAACAAGCUGCUCCUCAUCGACUACCCCGAGGAGCGGCUGCUUGCCUGUGGCAGCCUCUACCAGGGCGUGUGCAAGCUGCUGCGCCUGGCCGACCUCUUCACACUGGGCGAGCCCACGCACAAGAAGGAGCACUACCUGUCCAGCGUCAACCGCACGGGCACCAUGGUAGGCGUGAUCGUGCGUGCGCGUGGCCGCGAUGGCACGCUCUUCAUUGGCACAGCCGUGGACGGCAAGCAGGACUACUUCCCCACGCUGUCCAGCCGCAAGCUGCCCCGCGACCCCGAGGCGGCCACCAUGCUGGACUAUGAGCUGCACAGCGACUUCGUGUCCUCACUCAUCAAGAUCCCCUCCGACACGCUGGCGCUCGUGGCGCACUUCGACAUCUUCUACAUCUAUGGCUUCGCCAGCGGCGGCUUCGUCUACUUCCUGACGGUGCAGCCUGAGACCCCCGAGGGCGGGGCGCUCGGGGCUGCGGGCGACCUCUUCUACACAUCGCGCAUUGUGCGCCUGUGCCAGGAGGACCCCAAGUUCCACUCGUAUGUCUCACUGCCCUUCGGCUGCACGCGUGCUGGCGUGGAGUACCGCCUGCUGCAGGCCGCGUACCUGGCCAAGCCAGGUGCCACGCUGGCCCAGGCCUUCAACAUCAGCGGCCACGAGGACGUGCUCUUCGCCGUGUUCUCCAAGGGCCAGAAGCAGUACCACCAGCCGCCCGACGACUCUGCACUCUGCGCCUUCCCACUGCGCGCUGUCAACCAGCGCAUCACUGAGCGGCUGCGCUCCUGCUACCAGGGCGAGGGCCACCUGGAGCUGAGCUGGCUGCUGGGCAAGGACGUCCAGUGCACCAAGGCGCCGGUGCCCAUCGAUGAUGACUUCUGUGGCCUGGACAUCAACCAGCCCCUGGGGGGCUCCACACCUGUGGAAGGGCUGCCGCUCUAUACCACCAGCCACGACCGCCUCACCUCCGUGGCCGCCUACGUGUACAACGGCCACAGCGUGGUCUUCGUGGGCACCAAGAGUGGCAAGCUGAAGAAGAUCCGGGCAGAUGGCCCCCCACAUGGAGGUGUCCAGUAUGAAACGGUAUCAGUGCUCAAGGACCACAGUCCAAUCCUGCGGGACAUGGCCUUCUCCACAGACCAGCGCUACCUGUAUGUCAUGUCUGAGCGGCAGGUCACGCGGGUGCCGGUGGAGGCGUGCGAGCAGUACACCACGUGCGGGGAGUGCCUGAGCGCGGGGGACCCCCACUGUGGCUGGUGUGCCCUGCACAGCAUGUGCUCCCGCAGGGACCGCUGCCCACGUGCCUGGGAACCCAACCGCUUCGCAGCCAGCCUCAGUCAGUGCAUGCGGCUCCAGGUGGACCCCGGCAGUAUCUCUGUGUCCGAGCAGCGCCGGCAGCUCACUCUGGUGGUCAGCGACGCCCCCAGUCUCUCCGAGGGGGUCACCUGUGCCUUCGGGAACCUGACGGAGGUAGAGGGGCAGGUGGAUGGGAGUCGGGUGCUCUGCCUCUCCCCCGGGCCCAGGGACGUGCCCGUCGUCCCUCUGGAUCAAGACUGGUUUGGCGUGGAGCUGCAGCUGAAGGCCAAGGAGACCGGCAGGACAUUUGUCAGCACUGAGUUCAAGUUCUACAACUGCAGCGCCCAUCAACUGUGCCUGUCCUGUGUCACCAGCGCCUUCCGCUGCCGCUGGUGCAAGUACCGCAACCUGUGCACACACGACCCCUCCAGCUGCUCCUUCCAGGAGGGCCGGGUCCGAGCCGCCGAGGACUGUCCCCAGCUGGCACCCACGAGCGAGAUCCUGAUCCCCGUGGGGGAGGUGGAGCCCAUCACGCUCAAGGCCCGGAACCUUCCACAGCCCCAGUCCGGGCAGCGCGGCUACGAGUGCGUGCUCCGCAUCCAGGGCGCUGCCCACCGCGUGCCUGCGCUGCGCUUCAACAGCUCCAGUGUGCAGUGCCAGAACAGCUCGUACCAGUACGAGGGCAUGGAGCUGAGCAGCCUGGCCGCAGACCUCAGAGUGGUGUGGAACGGGAACUUCGUCAUCGACAACCCUCAGGGCCUAAAGGUGCACCUGUACAAGUGCGCGGCCCAGAGAGACAGCUGCGGGCUCUGCCUCAAGGCCGAGCGCAAGUUCGGGUGCGGCUGGUGCCGGGGGGAGCGCAGGUGCACGCUCCCCCAGCACUGCGCCGCCUCCGCCGGCCCCUGGCUCCACUGGUCCAGCCACAGCGUCAAGUGCUCCAACCCGCAGAUCACCGAGAUGCUGACAGUGUCAGGACCCCCUGAAGGAGGAACGCGGGUGACCAUCCGCGGUGUCAACCUGGGCCUGGACUUCUCGGACAUUGCCCAGCACGUGCAGGUGGCCGGGGUGCCGUGCACGCCACUGCCUGCAGACUACGUCGUCGCCGAGCAGAUCGUGUGUGAGAUGGGACCUGCACCCAGGGCAGCUGUGGCUGGGCCAGCUCGUCUGUGUGUGGGCGAGUGCGGGCCGGAGUUCGUGACCCAGAGUCAGCAGGAGUUCACCUUCGUGCACCCAUCCGUCCAUUCGCUCAGCCCCAUCCGCGGCCCCGAGUCGGGGGGCACCAUGGUCACUCUCACUGGACAGCACCUGGGUUCUGGGAGCCGUGUGGCUGUGCACCUGGGCAACCAGACCUGCGAGUUCUAUGGGCGGUCCAUGAACGAGAUUGUGUGUGUGUCCCCACCCUCGGCCACUGGCCUGGGCCCAGUUCCUGUGUGGGUGAGCGUGGACCGUGCUCAUGUGGACGGUGACCUGCAGUUUGAGUACAUUGAUGACCCCCGCGUGCAACGAGUUGAGCCUGCCUGGAGCAUCACCAGUGGCCACACACCCCUGACAAUCACAGGCUUCAAUCUGGACGUCGUUCAGGAGCCCAGAGUCCGAAUCAAGUUCAACGGCAAAGAGUCUGUGAACGUGUGUCGGACCGUGAAUGCCACCAUGCUCACCUGCCUGGCCCCAUCCCUCACCACCGACUACCGGCCUGGCCUGGACACAGUGGAGCGACCCGAGGAGUUUGGCUUCGUCUUCAACAACGUUCGCUCCCUGCUCUUGUACAACGACACCAAGUUCAUCUACUACCCCAACCCCACCUUCGAGCUGCUCAGUCCCACGGGGGUCCUGGACCAGAAGCCUGGCUCCCCCAUCAUUCUGAAGGGCAAGAACCUCUGCCCACCCACCUCAGGGGGCACCAAGCUUAACUACACAGUGCUGGUGGGGGACACGCCAUGUGCCGUCACUGUGUCUGAGACGCAGCUGCUGUGUGAGCCCCCAAACCUCACAGGGCAGCACAAGGUCAUGGUGCUGGUGGGCGGCAUGGUGUUCUCCCCCGGCUCCGUGAGCGUGGCGGCCGACAGCCUGCUCACCCUGCCUGCCAUCGUCAGCAUCGCCGCGGGGGGCAGCCUGUUGCUGGUCAUCGUCAUCGUCGUCCUGGUCGCCUACAAGCGCAAGUCCCGCGAGAACGACCUCACGCUCAAGCGACUGCAGAUGCAGAUGGACAGUCUGGAGUCCCGUGUGGCACUGGAGUGCAAGGAGGCCUUUGCUGAGCUACAGACGGACAUCAAUGAACUGACCAGCGAUCUGGACCGUGCCGGCAUUCCCUACCUGGACUACCGUACCUAUGCCAUGCGCGUGCUCUUCCCAGGCAUAGAGGAUCACCCCGUCCUUCGAGAGCUGGAGGUGCAGGGGCACGGGCAGCAGCAGGUGGAGCGGGCCCUGAAGCUCUUCGCGCAGCUGCUGCACAACAAGGUCUUCCUGCUGACCUUCAUCCGCACGCUGGAGGGGCAGCGUGGCUUCUCCAUGCGCGACCGGGGCACUGUGGCCUCCCUCAUCAUGACGGCGCUGCAGGCGCGCCUGGAGUAUGCCACCGACGUGCUCAAGCAGCUGCUCUGUGACCUCAUCGACAGGAACCUGGAGAACCGCAACCACCCCAAGCUGCUGCUGAGGAGGACGGAGUCUGUGGCUGAGAAGAUGCUCACCAACUGGUUUGCUUUCCUGCUGCACAAGUUUCUGAAGGAGUGCGCGGGGGAGCCGCUGUUCAUGCUGUACUGCGCCAUCAAGCAGCAGAUGGAGAAGGGGCCCAUAGACGCCGUGACCGGCGAGGCCCGCUACUCGCUGAGUGAGGACAAGCUCAUCCGGCAGCAGAUCGACUACAAGACGCUGAUCUUGAACUGCGUGAACCCUGACAACGAGAACAGCCCCGAGAUCCCUGUGAAGGUCCUCAACUGUGACACCAUCACGCAGGUGAAGGAGAAGAUCCUGGACGCCGUGUACAAGAAUGUGCCCUACUCCCAGCGGCCCCGGGCCACUGACAUGGAUCUCGAGUGGCGCCAGGGUCGCAUUGCCCGGGUCGUGCUCCAGGACGAGGACAUUACCACCAAGAUCGAGGGGGACUGGAAGCGGCUCAACACCUUGGUGCACUACCAGGUGUCUGACAGGUCUAUGGUGGCGCUGGUGCCCAAGCAGACCUCCUCCUACAACAUUCCCGCCUCCGCCAGCAUCUCCCGAUCGUCCAUCAGCAAGUACGACUCCUCCUUCAGGUACACAGGCAGCCCCGACAGCCUGCGCUCCCGCACGCCCAUGAUCACGCCCGACCUGGAGAGUGGUGCCAAGGUGUGGCACCUGGUCCGCAACCACGAGCACGGCGAGCAGAAGGAGGGCGAGCGCGGCAGCAAGAUGGUGUCCGAGGUCUACCUCACCCGCCUGCUGGCCACCAAGGGCACACUGCAGAAGUUUGUGGACGACCUUCUGGAGACCCUGUUCAGCACCGUCCACCGUGGGAGUGCGCUGCCCCUGGCCAUCAAGUACAUGUUCGACUUCCUGGAUGAGCAGGCGGACAGACAUGGCAUCCAUGACACGGACGUCCGCCACACAUGGAAGAGCAACUGCCUGCCCCUGCGCUUCUGGGUGAACGUGAUCAAGAACCCGCAGUUCGUGUUCGACAUCCACAAGGGCAGCAUCACGGACGCCUGCCUGUCGGUGGUGGCACAGACCUUCAUGGACUCCUGCUCCACAUCCGAGCACCGGCUGGGCAAGGACUCGCCUUCCAACAAGCUGCUCUAUGCCAAGGACAUCCCUAGCUACAAGAGCUGGGUGGAGAGAUACUACGCAGACAUCACCAAGCUGCCAGCCAUCAGUGACCAGGACAUGAAUGCGUAUCUGGCCGAGCAGUCCCGCCUGCAUGCCACCGACUUCAGCAUGCUGAGUGCUCUCAGUGAGAUGUACACAUACGUGAGCAAGUACAGUGAGGAGCUCGUCGGAGCCCUGGAGCAGGAUGAGCAGGCGCGGCGGCAGCGUCUGGCCUCCAAGGUGCAGCAGCUCAUCGGCGCCAUGUCCUUCGAGAGCUGACGCGGCCUGUCCUGCGGGAGGAGCCCACAGCAGGGCGCCCCGCAUCCCUGCACAUGCCCUUCCCGCCAGGCAGCGGACGCCCACCGAGGAUGGGUGGCAGCAGGCGUGCAGGUGGAGAGGCGUGUGCGGCCCUGCUCGUGGCGCUUUGCAUGAGGACUCACUGAUGUAUCUGGGGAAAUGAGAACUUUAAUUUUUUUAAGAAAAAGGAAAAACCAGAAAUAAAGCAACAGAAAAAGCCUCCCUGCGCCCCGAUCCAGCUCCUGUCUGGCCUGAGCCCGUGCCUGCCUCUGCCAUCAUUCUUCCUUGUUCGGCUCCUGCUUCCAAGCGCCAGAGCCCACAGAGAGGCUGACAGGGCUGGAGGGGCAGCCCAGCCUGCGGCAGGAGGAGGACACGGGCCUCGAAGGCACUUCGAAGAAGCCACCCUCUGCUGGACGGUGCCCUCAUCCCCGCCCCAGACCUGGAGAGGGCAGCACCCUGACCCUCACAGCUGGCACGGGGCGGCUGGCCAAGGCCUAUCCAGGCUCUCCUCCAGCAAGGACAGACCAAACCGUGUGCACGACGAGCAAUACUUGAAGCCAGCAGGCGUGCGGGCACCCAUGGGUGUCUCCUGAGGCUCCUCCUCGGGCCUGGGACUAUCCCAUGUGCAGCUUCUGAACCAGAGACCAAAGGCUCCUGCGCUCAGCCUGCUGCCAGCCCAAGGUAUCGCCCCAGGACGGCACUGGGAACCCCAGGCCCUGUGAAAGAAGGACCCUGCACUGCGGCAGGCUGGGCACGGGGUUGGAAGGGCUGCAGGGGCAGAGCGUCGGACACCCCUCAUUCUGGGUUUACAGUGCUGGCACAUGGGACCAGCUCCCAGAUCACCCGCACCCCCUCACCCCUAUCUCCCAGCAGCUCCCAUUGCCAAAGUCCCUGCUGGCGCCUGGGGCUGGGCAGGGGCUCUGAGGGCAGCUGACCCUGCGCUUGACCUGUGCCUGAGCCCCACCGAGAGGAGGAGUGGAACACAGUCCCAAUACUCAGGAAACGCGCCCUUGCUUGCCCCCCGCAGCCAUACCGCGGGGCGCUCCCCCACCAAGCCAAAGGGACUGUGCUCUGAGCCCCCGACAGAGACGUGAGGGGCUGUGAACUCCACUGCUUCGGUGGGCAGCAAAGCAUGCUGGACGCCACCCCCCCCCCGCCUCCUGUCCUGACUGCAGCCCCUUGACACCCUAAGGAGGUGGUGAAGUGGGGACCGAGGAGUCGGGCCUGGAGCAUCUCCAUGUGCCACAGAGGGGGACUGGUGCCCUGGGGGGAAACCAGUCCCUCCCACCUCCACUGUGGGCCCCUCCUGCCCCCAGAGUACAGGGCUGGGGAGGGACAGGGAGAGCAGAGGCUAGAGAUGCCCCACCCUGGAAGAAAGCUGCUUCCCUUUCCAGAACCUUCUGCGCAACAGGACCCAUGUGGCUCCAGAUGGAGAGACACAGUGAGAUGGAGGCCAGAGGGUCCCGAGAACUCAGGAGCCAGCCUCACCCGUCCCUCAUCCUGGCAGGGCAGAGGGCUGUGGGACAGAGCUCUCGCCCCUGCAGAGAGCAGAUGGGGUGCACUGUGGGCAAGAGGGCCGGGCCUGCUCCUCUCAGCACCUCCCAGGCCCAGCUCCCCAGAGGCCAAGGCCAGUGCUGUCCACGUAGAAUUUGUGGGGUCACUCCUGGUCUUAGGGGUCCACGUGCCAGGAAACCCACGAGGAGCACUCACGCCAGCUGCGUGGCCCUUUCCGAGCCCUGUGUCCACCAAGCGCCCUGUGAAUAGGCCGCAGGGCCGGAGGGAGCCGCGUCCUCUGCUCCCCUGUGGACACUGCAAUUGUGUUAUAUAUAUAUUUUUAAGGAGAUUCAAUGAUCACUGUCUGGUUUUUGUUGUUUUUACAAAUGUUGUGGAUCAAACACUGUAAGAAAAUGAAGUAUUUAAAACGUUCCAAUAAAAUGGGGUUUUUGUUAUUCUAAUAUAUUAUUGUGAACCUAUUGUAAAUAUGAAAACUCCUAUUUUGCAAGCCAAGGACACAUUUGUACUGUUGUUAUAUAUAAAUAAAGUUUACUGGAUAAAAAUGUA